AUGUCGACAGUCGCCAACAAUACCCAGUCAGCAUCCCCAAAUGGCACAGACGUGCAGACAAAUGAGUUAAAGAUGCUUAUGGCGGAAGAUCAACAGUUGACUGAAUUCAUUGACAAUCCGUUCACGAUUCAACAAUCCGCGAAUGUGCCUCAAUUUGGCAGUGACGAUGUUCAGUUCGACACAAACUUCCUGGUUCUGCAGACUGCUGGUGUACAAGCCAGUAACAUUGUCUGGACAUUUAAACCUAUCAAAACCGGUAUAACUCAGGUUGUGGUUCUGGUGAAUGGUGGAAUUGCUUCGUUCGUGAUGUCUGUCUCUUACAAUGUUGCAAUCUUGCCUGCUUCGAGUACUACAAAUGUAUGA